GAGCAGACUAAACAAGACUAGUCUCAAACAAAGCAAAACGAAGAGAUCAGAAAAUGGAAGACGAGAAGCUGCAGAAGUCCAAGAAAUGGCUUCACGAUCUGUCGACAGGUGCCAAAGGUAUCAACGAGCUAGAGGCCUUAACUCAUGUUGGCCUGCAGGUCAUGAAUGCCCGCAAGGGCUUCUUCCGCUGCAACUUCAUCGUUCCAGACCAUCUCUCUGACCAGGAUGGAAACUGGCAUGUCGGAGCUAUCGCAACUGUGAUCGACGAUGUUGGGGCCGCCACCGUAUACUCAACUGUUGGUGAUGUCAAAUCCGUUGACUUCACCAUUUCAUAUUACUCCAGGGUCAAGACUAGAGAAGAGGUUGAGUUGGAGGCUGAGAUUGUAGGGGACAUGGGGAAGCUCAUAUGUGUGGUGGUAAAGGUGACAAGGAAAGAGAAUGGAGAAAGGGUUGCUUUGGGUAAGCAAUGGAUGGCCUCAUUUUCAAUGAGGACCAAUCAAUCUCAAGUCACUAGUAGGCUUUGAGGCACCAUUUCAAGGCGUAAGAGAAAGCUUGUAGGAUGCCUAUAUUGCAUCACGCUAGGGAGAUGGAACCCGAAUAGAUAACAGAUCUCCGAGUUACAAAUUGCUACUUUCGAGGAUGCGGUGUGCCAAUUUAUUGCAAAUAUGACAACGAGGUACAUUAUUGUCUACAACUCCAUCGUGGACCAUGUCUUUAAAGUGCCACCACAAGCGGGAAAAGAUCCAAACCCUCUAGUUAUGUCUCGACCCAUAGAAAAAAAAAUGUGGAAAAAAAUAUCUUCAUUUGGAUCAGCGAUUUACCAAAUUUUAGUAUUGUUACUUCUCAAUAAAACUUAAUAGUAUAUUUCAAGUUAGCCGAUGUAAUUCUGCUCUAGCACUAUGCAUGUAGAGAUGAAGCACAC